AUGGCGGGUAUGCCCGUGCUGGGGAACAGCGUAGGCGCGGGCGAAUUUCGGGAUGAUGGCAGCAACAGAUCGUCCAGUAGCGGAUCAAGACGCGGUUCCUCGCCACAUACAGGAACGGAAAAGGAAGUGGAAGUGAGCUGUCACAGACCAGACCUCACCAGCUCUUUACCCAGAGCCAUCAGAUAUGAACAACAGUUCAGCGAGAAGGUUUCCACUAUGGCCAGUCUCAGCGGCACUGGGGUUGUAACACACACGGCCCCGUCUUACGAAGAACAACGAGCGAGUCCCGCACUGUUGAGCAGGAACACGGGCACGCCUGGUGGACGGAGUACCAGGGAUGACGGUUACUGUUCAGCUGGGAGUACUCCGAGAGCAUUUGAUCACAAAUCAACUAAGGGAUCCGUCGUCACAUUGUCGUGUUAUAAGAAGGAACCUAAAAUACAAUUAGACGAGGAAGUUUAUUACAGUGACUCGUCGAAGACAUCAAAAACUAACAACGUCCUUAACAAAUCAGAAAAUGACGAUGGCCGCGAGACUUGGGGUACUGGAGCCGAUUUUCUCCUGUCCAUCAUCGGCUUCGCUGUGGACCUCGCUAAUGUAUGGCGUUUCCCCUACCUUUGUUAUAGAAACGGAGGCGGAGCUUUCCUUAUCCCGUACACGUUGAUGUUGGUUUUCGGAGCUGUUCCUCUCUUCUAUAUGGAGCUCAUACUCGGGCAAUACAAUCGACAAGGUCCGAUAACGCUCUGGAAGAUAUGUCCGUUGUUCAAAGGUGUUGGCUUCUGCGCAGUGAUGGUAGCCUUUUACGUGUCUUUCUAUUACAAUGUCAUAAUCGGUUGGGCCUUCUACUUUCUGGUGUCGUCGGCUCGCUCUGAGUUACCCUGGGUCCACUGUGAUAACUCCUGGAACACGGAGCAGUGUUGGGACGCAGCUCGUCUGAAUGCCACCAACCGUACUGAUAUACCAUACCAGGGACCACUCUCACACUUCACACCGGCCAGCGAGUUCUUCCAUCGGGCUGUUCUCGAGAUGCAGCACUCCGAGGGUCUUAACGACUUGGGGCUGCCAAAAUGGCAGCUGGCUGUCUGCCUGGGGGUGGUUUACUUCACGCUGUAUUUGUCACUUUUCAAGGGCGUCAAAAGUUCAGGUAAAGUGGUGUGGAUGACUGCUACGAUGCCGUACGUGGUGCUAUCCAUCUUGCUCGCACGAGGCUUACUCCUCCCAGGUGCGACACGUGGCAUCGCUUACUACCUGCACCCAGAGCUGACACGCCUCAAGGACACACAGGUGUGGGUCGAUGCUGCUGUACAGAUUUUUUAUUCCGUCGGAGCCGGCUUCGGCGUCCACCUCUCCUACGCCAGUUACAACACAUUCCACAACAAUUGCUAUCGGGAUUGUCUUGUCACGACCCUGGUGAACUGCUUCACCUCUUUCUUUUCCGGAUUCGUGAUCUUCACGUAUUUGGGCUUCAUGUCACACAAACAAGGAGUCCCUAUAUCAUCGGUAGCUACAGAAGGUCCAGGUCUAGUGUUCCAGGUGUAUCCGGAGGCGGUCGCCACCUUGCCCGGAGCUAGUCUGUGGGCCAUGCUGUUCUUCUUCAUGCUUAUAAUGCUAGGACUUGAUUCUGGAAUGGGCGGCCUGGAGUGCGUGAUCACCGGUCUACUGGACCAGGCGCGUGCUUGUGGCGCCUCCCGACUCCGCCGCGAACACUUCACACUGGCAGUCGUCUGUCUGUCGUUCUGCGUCGCCUGCAUCAAUGUUACCCCGGGCGGCAUAUACAUGUUCCAUUUACUCGACACAUACGCCGCUGGCAUUUCUUUGCUGUGCUCGGCGUUGUUUGAAGCUGUCGCCGUUUCUUGGUUUUAUGGUUUGAAGAGAUUCUCUGAUGACGUAGAGGAGAUGCUGGGUUUCAGACCUGGACUGUACUGGAGGAUCUGCUGGAAAUUUGUCAGCCCCGUGUUUAUUAUUGGUGUAGUCGUGUUUGGGCUGCUGUAUCAACAGCCGUUGCAAUACCAACACUACACGUACCCUCCCUGGGCGGUCGUCCUCGGCUGGGGGCUCGCUUGCUCCUCCAUACUCAUGAUACCAAUCGUGGCGAUCUACAAGCUCGUCACUACCCCGGGAACAUGUCGACAGCGUCUGGCCUGUUGUAUUUCGCCGGAAUCUGAACACGAAGCGAUCAGAGGUGGUGCCCCAGUCAGUCGAUUCACUUGGCAACAUUGGCUUUACGUUUAAGAUCUUCGUCUACAAAGUACUUACUCUAAAAUCGAUAUUAGACUAUUAAUGUCAUAUCAAACUA